UCCGGUGUCAGAAGUUACUUUCACUUUGUUCCCGUUGUGACGCAGAAGUUUUCCUCCUCGUUAAACUCUUGUAUUAGGAUGCAGCAGCAGAGACCUGGACCUGAAGAUGGACCUGGACCUGAACCUGGACCUGGACCUGGACCUGAAGAUGGACCUGGACCUGAAGCUGAACCUGGACCUGGACCUGAAGAUGGACCUGAACCUGGACCUGGACCUGAAGAUGGACCUGGAUCCAGCUGUGUGUCCAUGAAGAGUGGCUGGUCUAUGGAUCCCCCUCUUGUCUUUGAAUCUGGACGUCCUGCAGAGGGAAGGAAGCAGAAGAAGAGACAUAAACGUAAACGUAAACCUGGACCUGGACCUGGACCUGGACCUGGACCUGAAGAUGGACCUGGACCUGGACCUGAACCUGGACCUGAAGAUGGACCUGGACCUGAACCUGGAUCCAGCUGUGUGUCCAUAAAUAGUGGCUGGUCUAUGGAUCCCCCUCUUGUCUUUGAAUCUGGACGUCCUGCAGAGGGAAGGAAGCAGAAGAAGAUACCUAAACCUGGACCUGGACCUAAACCUGGACCUGGACCUGAAGAUGGACCUGGACCUGAAGAUGGACCUGGACCUGGACCUGGAGAUGGACCUGGACCUGAAGAUGGACCUGGAGAUGGACCUGGACCCAGCUGUGUGUCCAUGAAGAGUGACUUUUCUAUGGAGUCUCCUCUUUACUUUAAAGCUGGACAAAGUGCUGAUGAAAGUCUCAGGAUCCAGCAGCAGAGACCUGGACCCAGCUGUGAGUCCAUGAAGAGUGACUGGUCUAUGGAGUCUCCUAUGAACUUUAAAUCUGGACAAAGUGCUGAUGAAAGAGUUCUGCAGGAGUUCUCAGAGGUUCCCAGUGAUCAGUCCGCCCCGAAGCAUCACACAGACCUGGACUCCAUAUUUAUGCUGCUGGAGGAGAACAUCGUGACUUUUGUGAAAAAUGAGCUGAAGAAGAUCCAGAAGGCUCUGAGUUCAGAUUACCCAGAAGGCUUAGAGAGUCAGAGUGAGGAUGAGGAGGUGUUGGACGGUGAGGAUGAAGAGCAGAGGAGCAGCAGAGAGGCAGUUCUGAACAUCACCCUGCACUUCCUGAGGAGCAUGAAGCAGGAGGAGCUGGCUGAGCGUCUGCAGAGCAGAUCUCCUGCUGCAGUGUGCAGUAAACUCAAAUCCACCCUGAAGGAGAGGUUCCAGUGUGUGUUUGAGGGCAUCGCUAAAGCAGGAAACCAAACCCUUCUGAACCAGAUCUACACAGAGCUCUACAUCACAGAGGGGGGGUCUGCAGAGGUCAACAAGGAACAUGAGGUCAGACAGAUUGAAUCAGCAUCCAGGAAACCACACAGACCAGAAACAACCAUCAGACAAGAAGACCUCUUUAAAGCCUCACCUGGAAGAGAUGCACCAAUCAGAGCAGUGCUGACAAAGGGCGUGGCUGGCAUUGGGAAAACAGUCUUAACACAGAGGUUCACUCUGGACUGGGCUGAAGGCAAAGCCAACCAGGACAUCCAGUUCAUAUUUCCAUUCACCUUCAGAGAGCUGAACGUGGUGAGAGAGAACAAGUACAGCUUGGUGGAACUUGUUCAUCACUUCUUCCCUGAAACCAGAGACGCAGGAAUCUGCAGGUUCGAUCAGUUCCCGGUCGUGUUCAUCUUUGACGGUCUGGAUGAGUGUCGACUUCCUCUGGACUUCCUCAACACUGAGAUCCUGACUGAUGUCACAAAGUCCACCUCAGUGGAUGUGCUGCUGACAAACCUCAUCAGGGGGAAGCUGCUUCCCUCUGCUCGCCUCUGGAUAACCACACGACCUGCAGCAGCCAAUCAGAUCCCUCCUGAGUGUGUGGACAUGGUGACAGAGGUCCGAGGGUUCACUGACCCACAGAAGGAGGUUUACUUCAGGAAGAGAUUCAGAGAUCAGGAGCAGGCCGGCACCAUCAUCUCCCACAUCAAGACCUCACGAAGCCUCCACAUCAUGUGCCACAUCCCAGUCUUCUGCUGGAUCUCUGCUUCAGUUCUGGAGGAGGUGUUGAAAACCAGAGAGGGAGGAGAGCUGCCCAAGACCCUGACUGAGAUGUACAUCCACUUCCUGGUGGUUCAGUCCAAAGUGAAGAACAUCAAGUAUGAUGGAGGAGCUGAGACAGAUCCACACUGGAGUCCAGAGAGCAGGAAGAUGAUGGAGUCUCUGGGGAAACUGGCUUUUGAGCAGCUGCUGAAAGGCAACCUGAUCUUCUAUGAUCACGACCUGACAGAGUGUGGCAUCGAUAUCAGAGCAGCCUCAGUGUACUCAGGAGUGUUCACACAGGUCUUUAGAGAGGAGAGAGGACUGUACCAGGACAAGGUGUUCUGCUUCGUCCAUCUGAGCGUUCAGGAGUUUCUGGCUGCUCUUCAUGUCCAUCUGACCUUCAUCAGCUCUGGAGUCAACCUGCUGUCAGAAGAACCAACAACCUCCCAGCAGUAUGAGGUCAAACCUGAACUAACACAUCUCUACCAGAGUGCUGUGGACCAGGCCUUACAGAGUCCAAACGGACACCUGGACUUGUUCCUCCGCUUCCUCCUGGGUCUUUCACUGCAGACCAAUCAGGAACUCCUACGAGGCCUGCUCACACAGACAGGAAGUGACUCAGGGACUGAAGAGGAAACAGUCCAGUACAUCAAGAAGAAGAUAGAAGAGGCUCCCUCUCCAGAGAGAAGCAUCAACCUGUUCCACUGUCUGAAUGAACUGAAUGAUCGUUCUCUAGUGAAGCAGAUCCAACAGUACCUGAGUUCAGGAAGUCUCUCCACAGAGAAUCUCUCUCCUGCUCUGUGGUCAGCUCUGGUCUUCAUCUUACUGUCAUCAGGAGAAGAUCUGGACGUGUUUGACCUGAAGAAAUACUCUGCUUCAGAGGAGGCUCUUCUGAGGCUGCUGCCAGUGGUCAAACACUCCAACAAAGCUCUACUGAGUGUCUGUAACCUGUCAGAGAGAAGCUGUGCAGCUCUGUCCUCAGUCCUCAGCUCCCAGUCCUCUAGUCUGAGAGAGCUGGACCUGAGUAACAACGACCUGCAGGAUUCAGGAGUGAAGCUGCUGUCUGCUGGACUGGAGAGUCCACACUGUGAACUGAAGACUCUCAGUCUGUCAGGCUGUCUGGUCACAGAGGAAGGCUGUGUUUCUCUGGCUUCAGCUCUGAGCUCCAACCCCUCCUCCCAUCUGAGAGAGCUGGACCUGAGCUACAAUCAUCCAGGAGACUCAGGAGAGAAGCUGCUGUCUGCUGGACGUGAAGAUCCACUCUGGAGACUGGAGACACUCAGGAUGGACCAUGGUGGACUGCAGUGGUUGAAACCUGGUGUGAGGAAGUAUGCCUGUGAACUGGAGCUGGACUCAAACACAGUAAACAGGAACCUCAAACUGUCUGAAGACAACAGAACGGUGACACGUGUGGAGGAGGAGCAGCCAUAUCCUGAUCAUCCAGAGAGGUUUGACUACUGGAGACAGCUGAUGUGUAGAGAAGCUCUGAGUGGUCGCUGCUACUGGGAGUUCGAGAGGAGAGGAAGGGUUCGUGUAUCAGUGACUUCCAGAGGAAUCAGCAGGAGAGGAAAGAGAGAGGACAGUGUGUUUGGAGGGAAUGAUCAGUCCUGGAGUCUGGAGUGCUCUGAUGAUGGUGGUUACUAUGUCUGGCACAAUAACAGCGCAACAAGUAUCACCUCCUCCCCUUCUGGUAGAGUAGCAGUGUAUCUGGAUCUUCCUGCUGGCUCUCUCUCCUUCUACAGAGUCUCCUCUGACUCACUGAUCCACCUCCACACCAUCAGAACCACAUUCAUUGAACCUCUCUAUGCUGGGUUUAGGUUCUCUUCUGAUGGUUCCUCAGUGUCUCUGGUUCCUCUGCAGGUCUGAGAGUCUCUCCUGUUGAGAGCUUCAUAUGAAGUGAAUACUUAAAACGAAAGUUAAUUAUAAAUCAUAUAUGAAGUGAAUACUUAAAACGAAAGUUAAUUAUAAAUCAUAUAUGAUCAAUUAUAUUCUUGUAUGAACCCAUAAUGAGAAUGCUUCAUAUUUUAGGUUUUUCUAUAUUUACAGCAUAAACAAAACAAAGUGGUUUGUUCAGGUUGAGUGUGUAAGGUCUAUGAUUUAUGGGUGUCACUGAUAAGGAAGAGGGCAGUUUCUUCCCCUUUUUUCUCACAGCAGAUCACAGGGAGGGGGGCUCCUGCCUUAAAGGAGAAACACAUUGAGGCCUCAAAAACGGUUAUGUCAUAGCCGAGAAUAAUAUUUUUCAAGUCCUACAGUGGUCAUGUCCUUUUUACACAAACAUGGGAAGGUGUGUCUUAGGCCCUAUCCAAUAGAAGAUGUUGGUUGGGGAUAGAGGAGGUGUUUUUUGGGGUUUCGAUCCGGUUUUUUGAGCAUAAAGAGACUGGUUUUUUGAGAGAGCGAGAGAGAGAGGGGGAAACCCCUGGUAUACUCUCUUCCGGUAGGCUCUGUCCUUCAGAGCUGGGUAAAUGGCUCUAGGUUAGAUCUAUCCUGGAAGGCGUUAUUAGGACGUACGGGAAUCUUAUAACUAAUGGCUUUAUUUAGAUCUUGGAUAGAUGAGAAAUAUGAAUUAAGGUUUUAGAUAAAAAUAUAACCCCAGCAUGAUAUGUUGCAUAUGAUUAUAAUGUGUUAAAAGGUAAAAACCCUGUAUUAGUUUGGACCUAUUUUUCUUCAAAUAAACUGAUCUCACCUGUUGGAUUGGGACAACUAAAAAGAAAA